AUGGAUGAAUUACAUACACUAAAAUUGUUUCUAGAUCAAGAGUUCAAAAUAAAAGAUCUCGGGGACUUACAUUUCUUCCUUGGUAUGGAAUUUCUUCGUGAGGCAUCCAGAUUGAUUCUUUUCCAGAGGAAAUUCACUCUGGAUUUGCUAGAAGAAUUUGAUUCUCUGCAUUGCUCCCCUGUUUCCUCUCCUCUUGAUCCCACUGUCAAAUUGCUCGCCAAAAUAGGGGAAGCUCUUUCUUCUCCAACUUUGUACAGGCAUCUUUUGGGUAAAUUGAACUAUUUAACUCAUACUCUACCAGAUCUUUGCUUUGCAGUACAGCAUUUGAGUCAGUAUAUGCAGGAUCCAAGAAAGCCCCAUUUGCAUGCUGCACUUCGUGUCCUCCGAUAUCUCUUGAACCCAGGUUUGGGGCUUUUCAUGACAGCUUCUCCAUCAUUUCACCUCAUCGCUUUCUGCGACUCAGAUUGGGGAACUUGUCCAGAAAUAAGGAAAUCAGUGAGUGGUUUCUUCAUUUCACUUGGAGGGUCUCCAAUUUCAUGGAAAUCGAAGAAGCAGACUUCCAUUUCUCUUAGCUCAGCAGAAGCGGGAUACCGUUCUAUGCGGCGUGUAGUAGCAGAAUUGACUUGGUUAGUACGCCUCUUUGAAGAUCUGUCUAUCCCCAUUUCUUUGCCAGUACCACUUCAUUCCGACAGUCAAGCAGCGAUUCAUAUUGCUAAAAAUCUCGUCUUUCAUGAACGAACUAAACACGUCGAAAUUGAUUGUCAUUUCGUGAGACAACAAUUUCUUGUUGGCUUGAUUUCUCUUUCAUUUGUUCGUUCUUCUUCACAGCUGGCAGAUUUGUUCACGAAACCCUUGGCUGGACCUUCUCACCACCAUUUGUUAGGCAAGUUGGGUGUUCUUUCAUCCCCCUCCAACUUGAGGAGGGGUGUUGGAGAUGGUGGUUCUAAUGGUGUUUCUCUCGAAGGUUCUACUGUAGAAGGUGGCUAG